AUACGCCGUCCUUAUUAUAUCAAUCUCUCUUGGCAUUAUUCGUUCGUCUUUGGGACAAGUUUAGCGAUCUGCAUUUCUAUUUUCCAAGCCUUGUCUUGCUCUGCAGCAGAUCCAUCGUCACUACCACUCAUCGAUCUCUCCGAACCUUGACAUCGCUUUCAAACAAAUCUAAAAACCAGUAUAGACAAAAUCUUUUCUCAUAAUGUCACUGUCUCUCUGCUUCACUUCUCCAUUCACUUCAUACCCAAAACAAACCCUUCCAAGAAUCCCACUCUACAAACCCAUAAAGCAGAUUAGCAUUUCCACUACCCCGAAAAUAUCAAAUCCAAGAUUUCCCAAAUUUCGUUCUGUUAGUGAAAAAUUUGAGCUCUUGGGGGCGAUUCCAGAAAAAACCAGAUGGGAAAAUUGGUUAGCCACUGCAGCAAGCCUGUAUCCCCUUUAUGUGACUGUUGGAGGGGUGGUUGCUUGCAUAAGACCAUCCACUUUUUCUUGGUUUGUUAAAAGGGGCCCCACGUCUUAUAGCUUGACUCUUGGACUCAUUAUGUUAGCAAUGGGGAUAACUUUGGAGCUCAGAGACUUGAUCAAUUUGUUCAUGCAAAGGCCUCUUGCGAUACUUUUUGGCUGUGCUGCUCAGUACACAAUUAUGCCGGUAUUUGGAAUGACAAUUAGCAAGUUUUUGGGGCUCUCGGAGUCUCUUUCAGUAGGUUUGAUAUUGCUCGCUUGUUGCCCAGGAGGUACAGCAUCCAAUGUGGUUACCUUAAUUUCUCAAGGAGAUGUACCACUGUCCAUAGUAAUGACAGUAUGCACCACACUUGGAGCAGUGAUUCUCACUCCACUUUUGACCAAGAUUCUAGCAGGAGCUUAUGUUCCUGUGAAUGCUGUGAAAAUCUCCAUCAGCACCAUGCAGGUUGUUGUCGCUCCAAUUCUGCUAGGAUCAUAUUUGCAAAGUGCCUUUCCUGAAGCUGUAAAAGUGGGGACGCCUAUUGCACCAUUACUGGCUGUUUUAGCUGCAUCACUGCUUGCUAGCAGCGUGCUCUCGGAAAAUAUUUUUCUCCUGAGAUCUUCAGCCUUUGGGGCUUUGUUAUCAUCUGAUCUGUCUCCACUUCUUCGAGCUAAAGCAAUACUCUCCAGUGAAUUGGGGGUUAUCAUACUUUCAGUGGUGUUGCUGCAUUUUGCAGGUUUCUUCGUGGGGUAUUUAUCUGCAGCUUUGGUCAGAUUCAAGGAGCCACAACGACGUGCAAUAUCUGUUGAAGUUGGCAUGCAAAAUUCCUCCUUGGGAGUGGUUUUAGCAAGCUCUCAUUUCACCUCACCAAUGGUGGCAUUACCUCCGGCAGUGUCAGCUGUAAUUAUGAAUAUCAUGGGAAGCAGUUUAGGUUUCAUAUGGAGAUACAUUGAUCCUUCUGAUCCAAAGGACAGUUUCGAAGUUGCCAAAGAGUGACAAUGGCGGAGAAGAACGUGCUUGUAGUCGAACUGUGUUCUUCUCUCAGUCGAAUUCUUUACUUGUGUAGCCGAUAGCCUUAACUUUAUGCAUUUUAAUGACUUCUUGCUAGAUAAAACCAGCCCAAUAAGGAGUUCUGGUCAACUGCACUUCAAACUCAUAGUUACUUGGACUGCCUAUCUUAAUGCCUUACUAUAAUGUUUCUGACAAGGCAUAAAAUGUGAUAUGAAUUUCUGCGUAAUCCUUUAUUAUCGAAGAAGCCACUUGAUUUUAAGUAUACA